AUAAUUUUAUAUAUUUGUCAAACAAAAUCAGCGUUGACCUUACUGGGUCACAGCUCGGUGAGAACCAACGCGGAACGGAAAUCCUUUCCCAAAAAAAAAAAAAAAAAUUCAAAGCUCGUGUACUAUAAAUAAGGCAUAAAAAACUGUCUAUUCUUCACAAAACUCUAUCAACUUCUUCAAUAGAAGCUAAAGCUUGUUUAUUCUUCUUCUUAAAACAAACAAAAGGAAAAAAAAUAAAUUGGUACACACUCUUCAUAAUUACUCGUGUACCCAAAAAAGAAAAAAAAAAGAAAGAAAGACAUGGAUUCAAACAAGCUCAACCUUAAUUCCCUUUUCAAGUGCUUCUUCUUCAUCUUAGCCUCACUUCUCUCAGUUUCUGGUCACAGUCACCACCAUGGUCAUGAUUCUCAUCUGUUUAGCUUUAAGCCAACAAAGCUUUUUGUGUUCGGAGAUUCUUACUCAGACACAGGCAACAACAGAAAAUCCCAAGCCAGUUCUUGGAAAUUUCCCUAUGGAAUCACCUUCCCCGGUAAACCCACCGGCCGUUUUUCCGACGGUCGUGUCUUGACCGAUUUCCUAGCCAAGUUUGUGGGAGUGAAAUCUCCAAUACCAUACCAAUGGAGGAAGGUUGUAGGUUAUAAGCACUUGAAGUAUGGAAUGAACUUCGCCCAUGGUGGGACUGGUGUGUUCAACACCUUGGUUAUGGACCCAAACAUGACUGUUCAGAUCAAUGCCUUCAAUAACCUCAUUAGUCACUCUGUUUUCACUCCCAAAGACCUUGAAUCCGCCGUCGCUUUAGUCACCGUCGCCGGCAAUGACUACGGUGCUUAUAUCUUUAGAAACGGCACUGCUGAGGGUUUUCCAGGGUUCAUUACAUCAGUGGUGAACCAGCUAUACGUGAACUUGAAACAAAUCCAUGAAUUGGGAGUGAAGAAGAUAGCAGUGACAGCUCUUGAGCCAUUGGGGUGUCUUCCACCAGCAACGGCGGCAAGCUCGUUCCAGCAAUGCAACGGAACCCAAAACGCCCUCGUCAACCUCCACAACCUCUUGUUGCAACAAGCAGUGGCCAAGCUAAACAACGAAACCUCUAAAGAUUCUAAUAUCAUCAUUCUCGAUCUUUAUUCUUCCUUCAUGUCCGUAUUCAAGAACAAAGGAGACCCAUUAGGUACUAUAAAGUUUGAGAAUCCAUUGAAACCAUGUUGUGUUGGAACAAGUAGUGGGCAUUCAUGUGGGAGUGUUAAUGAGAAUGGUACAAAGAUGUACAGCAUUUGUGGAAAGCCUGAAUCUGCAUUCUUUUGGGACGAUGCACACCCAACUCAGCAGGGUUGGCAGGCUGUUUAUUUAGCUCUUAAGGACACUCUUCACCAACUAAUUUAUUAGUACAACCUACCUAUAUCUUAAUGAUCAUCAAUCAUCACUCCUUGUGCUAGAAUUUUCAACUUUUUUCUUUUUGGUGUGUGUGUGUGUAUGCAUCCAAUAACUUGAUUUUACAGUCAAUUUAUAUUUGUUCACUUUUUUGUAAAAUUAUUGUUAAUUAAUUAAUCAAUUAAUGGGAUAGUGGCUUCAAAA